AUGGCAUCGGUCGGACCAGCAUUGAGGAGAGACCCCUUCGCCAGCGAUUCACGAGGCUUCGGCAGUCCGAAGGCGAAGAAGAACAUUCCCAUCCUCCCGUCGACAUUGGUCGGAAGCGGUGGCGAUCCGAUGGAAGUGAGCCAACCUCAGGUCUCUCCGAUGGGUCCGCCCACGAGUAGCCCGACAGCCGGAGAAAGAGCAGGAGAGCAGCAACAGGCACACAGCGAGACGCCGAGCACAAAUGGAGGGUCACAACAACCUGUUGGAGCCGCUGCUGCUGCUCAACAGCCCAAGAUCGUUCAGACAGCGUUCAUACAUAAGCUCUAUAACAUGCUGGAGGACCAGACCAUUCAACACCUAAUAUCAUGGUCCAACACCAACGAGAGCUUCGUCAUGUCGCCAUCAUCCGAAUUCUCCAAAGUCCUCGCUCAAUACUUCAAACAUACCAAUAUCUCCUCCUUCGUCAGACAGCUCAACAUGUAUGGAUUUCAUAAAGUCAGUGACGUUUUCCACACCGGAUCCCCUGAAUCGCCGUUGUGGGAGUUCAAGCAUGGAGCUGGCAACUUCAAACGUGGCGACCUCGUCGGAUUGAGAGAAAUUAAACGAAGAGCGUCGAGGCACGCACUAAUACAUCGCGACUCGUUCUCGGCCGCUCCCAAAAUGCCUGCUCCACAACCUCCUGGGACACCUUUGGAGGCAAUGCCUGAUCCUAUCGAAGCACGUCUGAACGUACUGGAGUGGAACACCCAAGAUCUAUACUCGCGACUCGCGCGAACAGAAGAAGCGUACGCUUCGGUCACCUCGAAGUGCCACAACUUGCUUGAAGGACUCGCCAGAUGUCACCACUGGAAUAACGAACUGUCGUCGCACCUUCUUACCAUGAUUCCGGACACCGAGAACCCCGUCCACAGAGACAUUGCUGCGAUGCGACACGACAUCGCUCGUCAUGUUGACCAAUUAAGAACGUUCGAAGAACAUGAACCACCAUUAUUUGCACAUAAGCCGUCAUACUUCCAACCUGUACAGGCAAGCACGGAGCCCGCAAUGCCAGUGUCGCCGCGGCAGCGCCCAUUUGACGAGUCUCGACGACCGUCUCUACAAGGUCUACCAGGCUUGCCUCGUCCGAGCAUAUCACGAGGUGCUGUUCCAUCAUACUUGCAGCAAGCUUCUCCUCGAAGAUUUGGCUCCUUCGGUAUGGGCCCAGGCCCGAGCCCGUACUCGCCGAACAGGCCGGCAUUUCCAGGUCCGCCACCGCCUCCCCACACACAACCUCCGCCUCAGCAACAUCCUCUCGCGAAUGAGACAACUCCGCCAUCGAAUCUUCCGCGCCGUCACACGUCAGCAGACAUUCGGCUGCAGGGCUGGGAAGGAGGCCAGCCGCCACUCGCCCACCUCACGCAAGGUACAUCACCAUAUGCUUCUGGACAAUCCUCGACUGCAUGGCCAUCCUCUCCUCGCGCGCCUGCAAAUUCUGGCGACCAGCAGAUUAGAGAUGCCUUGGCACAGUACGAACUGCCUCGCGUUGUUCAUCCUGGCUCAAGACCACAUUCACCCGGCGCGAUUGACCCUGGAGCACCGACAUUCACGAAUAGCUUUGCACAGCCUAGCUAUGCGAAUAGCAACGAUGCUGGCUGGCAGCUGCCCGGGCCUAGAUUCCCGUUCCGAGGACUAGAAACGCCUGGUCCCCCGACUCGAAGAAGCAGUAUGGCGAGUAACGUACACUCUUUGCUUAAUCCGGCGGAUACUGCGGAACGAGAAGGCGAGGAUGAAGGCGGACCUGAUGAAAGGAAGAGGAAGAGGGUAAUCUAG